GCCUGGCCUCCGACGUAGCCCAUUCAUUCAUUCACGCGUUCGUUCUUUCAGCUCAGCCUGCAUUGCGCGCGUUCCCUGCUGUGAACGACUGAGAUGGCACCUCGCUAUGUUACCCAGGCUGGUAUCUAACUCCUGGCUUCAAACAGUCCUCCCGCUUGGACCUCCAAAGUGUUGGUAUUACAGGCGUGAACCACCAUCCCAGCCACCUCUCCAGUUUUCCGUUGGACUCUUCUCCUCUGCCCUCUUCUAGCCCCCUCAUCCCUCCUGCCUUCCUAAAUACUUGAUGCCACCAAUUCCUGAGCGUUGGUGCUACUUGCAUGCUUGACUUUGCUCUACCAAGUCAGUAACAUUGCGGCCACGCUUCCGCAACUAAAGGCAAGAGUCCAUAGCAACGAUCCCCGUUUCUCUGCACCUGGGGAGCUUUCCCGCGGAAACUACACUUCCCAGAAUGCCCCGCGGGCCGGAGGGCGCGCGCGGCGCUGUUUCGUGGGACCAGGAUUGAAACAAGAUGGCGGGCUCGUGGUGAGAAGCUGUCAAGGAGUAGAAAUUGGUAUGCUUAGAAGCAGGUUUUAAAAGCAGUUUCUCUUCAAAACAUCUUUUUUCAUGCCACUUGAUAAGCAUCUUGAAACACCAUGGCUGUAGCUGCAGUAAAAUGGGUGAUGUCAAAGAGAACUAUCUUGAAACAUUUAUUUCCAGUCCAAAAUGGAGCUUUAUAUUGUGUUUGUCAUAAAUCUACGUAUUCUCCUCUACCAGAUGACUAUAAUUGCAACGUAGAGCUUGCUCUGACUUCUGAUGGCAGGACAAUAGUAUGCUACCACCCUUCUGUGGACAUUCCAUAUGAACACACAAAACCUAUCCCUCGGCCAGAUCCUGUGCAUAAUAAUGAAGAAACACAUGAUCAAGUGCUGAAAACCAGAUUGGAAGAAAAAGUUGAACACCUUGAGGAAGGACCUAUGAUAGAACAACUUAGCAAAAUGUUCUUUACUACUAAGCACCGUUGGUAUCCUCAUGGACGGUAUCACAGAUGUCGUAAGAAUCUGAAUCCUCCAAAAGACAGAUGAUGCUGAGGUUCCUGGGGGAAUCAAAGAGAAAUGUGCCUCAUUUGCCAUUUGAGAAAAUGCAGUCUGGUAUAUUCAGUAAUGUAUAGUAAAGUAAUAAUGAUAAAAUAUCUUUUCAUAUAUUAGAAUGUGUACUUUUAUAUAAAGUAAUUCCGGAUUUUACAUUCUCAUUUAGAGAAACCUAUUUUAUUUUUUCUUUUUCGCUUUUAGUCUUUCAUUUAUGUACAGUUUCCAAUUUAGGACUUUUCCAUAGUGCCAAAUCCAUACAUAUUCAGUAGAACAUCAAUAAAUUACAUCAGAAAUUCAACACUUUAUUAUAAAACGGGCUUUGUGUUAGAUAAUUUUGCUCAACAGUAGGCUACUGUAAGUGUUCUGAGCAUAUUUAAGACAGGCUAGCAUUUUCAAUUUACAGUAUUUUCAACUGAUAGUAGGUUUAUUGGUAUGUAACCCUACCAUAAGUUGAGAAACAUCUCUUUUUGUGUGUCUACUGUGAUUUAAGUAUUUUUAAUCAUCAACCAAGCAUUGUUAGUAGUAUAUAUAUGAUUAAUAAAAACGUGCAUGGCUUUCCUGAAGGAGAUUUUUUAAUUGCCUUUGAGAAUAAACUCAUAAGGUCUACCAAGAAAAUAAAUGUUAUAAUGUUUCAAUUGGCUUCUAGGAAAUAAUUAAAUUAGUGAUAUUUUAAUCAGGUUUUACUAUCUGCUAGGACCCUUCCAUCCAUUCUUAUUAAAUUAUCAAAAUAAUCCUUUGAAGAAGGAGUAUAAUUAUAUUUUACGGUGACUCCAACCCUACCCAAACAAGUGGGAGAGCCAGGAGCCAAACUAUCAGGCUCCAAAGCUUUUUUUUCAGUGCAUCACAAUGACAAAGGGGUGGUUUUCUUUCACCCAAGAAUGUGCUUUCCUGGAAAUUUUUCUAGAUAGAAUAUUAUGUAAUUUGUUUUGAGGGUUUUUUUUUCCUGGCUGUCUUAAAGAUUAUGCUAGCUUUAGAACACAUGCAAACAGCUGCAGCUCUGUGAUUAAAAUGUUAAGGUCACUAGACUAGUGUUAGGAGAAUGUUAAUAGAUAAUUCUGCUGCCUCUAUUAGCUUAUAUAUAAUCCUUAAUAGCAUUGCUUGCUAGUUGAAGUUUCAAGUGGCCAGUGAAGUGUGAGGAAUAGUGACUAGGAGAGAGUAAAGGAAAUAAUAAUGGUGACCCUCUGUUACCCAAAGGAAAUAUUUUUAAGUGGCUUACUUUUUCCAUUAAUAUAAAUUUCAUUUGGAAAGAUUAAAAAAACAAGUUUGAUUGAACUUGAUAAAUCAGAAAUAUUUACCAGCUUUGUCGAUGGUGUAUUCUUGAAAAAUGUUUGGUUUUCUUUCAGGUUGACUUACAUCCAAAAUUCUACAAAUUUUUAGCUAUGUUAUAAAUGUAGAAAGAAGUGAAAAACAAAUCAAAAUAUAAUGACGAAGAUUUUCUUCUCUUCCAAGUACAAAGCUCUACUAAAUAGGGAUUUACCCAAGACGCCCACAUCCACAUACUUAUGUGUCAAUGCUUUGGAGAAUUAACUUUGACUUUAUUCUACUGGAAGUGUAGAUUAACACUGUGCUUUCUGGGAUUUUGCUUUUCAUGGGUUGCUGAUUUUUAAUUUUGCUAAAUAAGCAUAUAUUCCAUCACCAGCAUCUCCUGCCCUCUGUUCCUCCCCCGCCCCCCAGGGAUAAGAAUCUGUUAUCCACCAUCAGUAACAUUUUAUGAAAGAUCUACUUAUUUGUCUGUUUUGCAGACAUUUUAAAAUUCGUAAAGUGGGAUGCUUCUUUAAUUUAAAUACAUUUAGCUUCAUGAAAAACUCACUACACAGUUCUUGUUCAAGCAUUAUUGGGAAACCACCAGAGGGCACUCUGACCCAGGGCUUAAUUUGAACAUCUCACCCAAAAGUGACUUUUAAAAGCACUUAAUUAGCAGAGAAUUUGGAUGUUCAUUAGUUGAGAAUGACUAGUAGAAUAAAUGGUAAUUGUGAAAUUAAGUGCUGGAAUAUUCUGAGUAGACCAGUAACAAAAACAUUUAUUUAUUUAUUUUUUUUAAAGAGAAGGUCUUGCUGUGUCACCCAGGAUGGAGUACAGUGGCACAAUCACAUUGCACUGCAACCUCAAUAUCCUGGGCUCAAGCAAUCCUCCCACCCCAGCCUCCCAAACUGCUGGGACUAUACAUGUGUGCUACCACGCCUGGCUAAUUGUUUUAAUUUUUUUAUAGAGAUGGGGUUUCGCCGUGUUGCCCAGGCUGGUCUUGAACUCCUGGGCUCAAAGCAAUCCACCUGCCUUGGCCUCCAAAAGUGUGGAAUUACAGGUGUGAGCCACUGUGCCCAUCCUUAUUUUUUUUUUAAGAUAACAUUGUUAACAUUUUGUAUUUCUCUGCGUAAAUAUAUUUCAAAAAUAAAAAUAGAGCUCAUGA